AAGAGGAGGGGGAGUGUAUUCCCAUGUAGCCUUAACCAAUGGGGAUAUGAAAUCACAGCAGUGGACUAUGGACUAAAUUAUUGUUCAAGUGAUUCCCAUCUGGACACACAGUAAGAAGACAUGCUGAAGCCUUCAGGGAACACAGACUAUUAUAUGAGUCCUGUGUUUACAUUCACAGUCUCCCUGCUCUAGCCCCAGACUGGUCAGUAUGGCUGUGCUAGUGCAUCUUCUUGCUUGUGCCUUCGGGCUGGGUUCGUGGGUUGCAGUGAACGGCCUGUGGGUGGAGCUGCCUCUCAUCGUAAAUGCUCUGCCUGAAGGGUGGGACCUGCCCUCUUACCUCACGGUCAUCAUUCAGCUCGCCAACCUGGGCCCCCUGCUGGUCACUCUGAUGCACCGGCUGUGCCCCGGCAGGCUCAAGGAGCACCUGGUCAUCUACGUCAUCCUCUCUAUAGGCAUCGUGUCCUGUCUGCUGCUCGCCCUGUUCUGGGACAGGACCACACUCAUCGGGGGAGCACCCCACAGCACGGCCUUCUUCAUCAUCACCUUCUUCUUGGCUCUGGUCGACUGCACGUCCUCAGUCACAUUUCUGCCUUUCAUGAUGCAGCUGCCGGCCAAUUACAUCACCACAUACUUCAUUGGGGAGGGCCUCAGCGGGUUUAUCCCUGGUGUAAUCGCACUGGCUCAGGGUGUGGGGAUGGCCAAGUGUGUGAACUCUACUCAUACUACAGGAAACCACUCCAGUACUGAGGAAUUGUGGAUCUUUAAAACAGAAUACCUCCCCCCAAACUUCUCCACUGAGCUGUUCUUCUUCUUCUUGGCUCUUAUGAUGUGCAUCAGUCUGGCUGCGUUUGUUGCUCUGAAUAAACUUCCUCGAACAUUUGAGAUGUCAACUGAAAACCUGGUCCCAGACACUGCAGUGUCCUCUAUCUGCUCAGGUCUGGAUAACCCCGGAGCUGACACAGAGGGCGAGGGUAGCCAUGCUGACGAGGCCGAGAGUCCUCUUAAGGCUCACCCUAAACACUCCAUGGCCCAGCUCUGUUUUAUCUACUGUGUGGUGGUCUGGGUGAACGCUGCUACCAACGGGCUGCUGCCCUCAGUGCAGACAUACUCGUGUAUGCCCUACGGUAACCUGGCUUACCAUCUCUCUGCUGCCCUCUCCUCUGUGGCCAACCCUCUGGCCUGCACAGUGGCCAUGUUUGUGCAGAACCGGUCUCUGGCCUUCAUGGGAGUGUUAACUUUAAUGGGCACUGGAUUUGGGAGUUACAACAUGGCCAUGGCUGCGAUGAGUCCCUGCCCCUUGUUUCAGAGUGCCAUGUUGGGAGAGAUCCUCAUAGUGCUGUCGUGGCUCUGCUUCACGGGGACUCUGUCUUAUGUCAAAGUAAUGGUGGGUGUGAUCCUGAGGGACCGCAGUCACAGCGCCCUCGUCUGGUGUGGAGCAGCCGCUCAGAUGGGCUCUCUGCUGGGCUCUGUCACCAUGUUCCCCCUGGUCAAUGUCUACAGGCUCUUUCAGACCAGCGACUUCUGCAAUUCACAAUGUCCUUCAUGACACUUGGAAAGAGUUGAGACUAGAUUAGAUUAGAAGAGAAUUAGAUUUUUUGUUACAAAUAACUUAUUUAAAGGUCUAAUACAUUCUCCAUGGAGAUAGAUUAGUUUUAUGCCAUACUGUGGAAGAUUAUAGCCAAAGAUAAAGAGAUAUAACUUCAUCAUCCCAGAGGGAAAUUUCACUGUUUUCACAGUUGUCAUGACACUUGUUGACAUUUUCACCCCCAUAAAUAUAGAACACAAUAGACAACAGACAAAAACAUUGUCAUGGUCCAUGGUAAGGAGUUGGCAAAUGCCAUUGAAACAAGCAAGAGAAGGCCCUACUCCAAGCCAGAUAAGAGUCAGGUUUGUGGAGAUGCAAGCCCACUCACAGUGGGCUCAAGUUUUUCAGUGUAUUAACACCACCAAAAAUGCACACACACCCACACACACACACACACACACCCCCCACACACACACAGUGGGGUGUGUAAUUUUGUCCACUAGAUGGCAGAAGUACAUUGAAUUUGAAUAACUGUCGAAAGCUUGCGCCGCAACCUCCAACACAAUGCACUUGUAGAAUAACCACUACGAAUGAAAUGUUGAAUACAUUUAUGUACUUAACUCAGUAUUUUCUAAUGUAAUAAAUAAUUACUGUAUUAUA